AUGACUCAUGCGGUGCCACAAUUAAAAGACAAGUCUUUGUUCAUUGAAAAAUGCCAGGUCAACGGUGAAUGGGUUGGGGCACAAUCGGGCAAAACAUUUGAGGUCACUGAUCCAGCCACCAAUAAAGUCAUUGGAACAUGCCCAGAGUUCAGCGCAAAAGACACCGAGAGAGCCAUCAAGGCAGCUUCGGAUGCAUUCCCAGUCUUUCGCAAGACGCUGGUACGCGAAAGGUCUCGACUGCUGAGACGUUGGAAUGACCUCAUCCUGCAAAACGUGGAUGACUUGGCGACCCUAAUAACAUGGGAGAACGGAAAACCAUUUGCCGAGGGCCAAGGCGAGGUCAAAUAUGCUGCAGCCUUCAUUGAAUGGUUCAGCGAAGAAGCCCCCGGCUAUACGCCGAUACGAUUCCGGUAUCCAUUCCGGGGAACCGAGUCCUAA